GAAAGAUAAUAUCAUUAUUAUGUUAUGCAUCGAAAUGCACAAUAUAUAUAGCUGGAGACGCAAAGUUCGGGCUCAGUGGCUCGAUCACACUUGUUGCGCCCGUUGACGUUUAUGUGUUGCGUGUGUGUCCCUGUGUUAUACCGUUGUGUUUACAUAUUAUCAUAUUAUGUGUGCCGUGCAGUAUCGGCCUACCUACCUACAUAGUUGGCCAAAGCUUACGACAAUGUAUUGGACUUGUUUGGUAAUAACUUGCAUACAGUUAACAUAUUGUAAAGUUGUUUAUCCACCAAUUGGAGUUUUAGAUUGGUGGCAAAAUUCUAUAAUUUACGAAAUAUUCCCGUUGUCAUUCAAAGAUUCAGAUGGUGAUGGAUCAGGCGACUUUAAAGGCAUAACUGAAGAAUUGGAUUACCUCGUAGAUAUAGGAGUAACCGCGAUUUGGAUAACGCCAUUUUUUGAAUCACCUUUAGAAUCUGGUGGUUACGACAUAAGUAAUUAUGUAGAUGUACAACAUAUUUUUGGUACAAUAGAUGAUUUCAAAGAUCUUUUAAAUGCUGCACAUUCAAAAAAUUUAAAAGUUAUUAUGGACUUGGUUCCUAAUCAUACCAGCAAUAAACACAUUUGGUUUGAAAAGUCUGUCAAUAAUGAAACUGAUUACGCCGACUAUUAUAUUUGGAAAGACGCAAAAAAUCAAGAGGAAGUGAUAAAAAAUAGCAGUAUAAUUCCUAUUGUGCCAAAUAACUGGCAAAGGAUUUGUGAUGAUGCCAGUGCUUGGAUUUGGCAUAACACUCGCAAACAGUUUUAUUUCACUCAAUUCGUUCCAAAUUUACCAGAUUUAAAUUUUCGUAAUGAAAAAGUUCACGAAGAAAUGAAAUAUAUUUUGAAUUAUUGGUUGGAUUUGGGAAUCGAUGGUGUUAGAAUAGAUGCUUUGAAACAUGUAUACGAAAGCGAAAACAUGAAAGAUGAACCCAUAAUAGAUAGUAAUAUGGCGGUUAACUACAAUAAUUUGAAUCAUAUAUAUACAACAGACCAAGAAGAAAUCUAUGAUUUGAUCAAAGAAUGGCGUCUAUUGCUCGAUGACUUUAAACAAAACGGCUCUACAAGGAUAAUAAUGACUGAAUCAUAUAGUAGUAACAGUGUUUUAUUUAAAUAUUACACUAGUGGAGCUGAAAUACCAACAAACUUUAAUUUAUUAGGAGACUACCACUAUACUCCGAAAGAUUAUGAGAGAGAAAUAGAAAAUUGGAUAACUAAAAUGCCAGUUGGAGCAACAUUUAAUUCGGUGCUCCAAAACCAUGACAAAAAAAGAUUUCCUACUUCGUACGGUACAGAAUUAAUUGAUGGCAUGAACGGUUUAUCCUUAUUUCUACCCGGUGUAUCCAUGGUUUUAUAUGGAGGAGAAAUUGGCAUGGAAGACAUAUCAGAUAAAAUUAAUUAUGCAAGAGGACCUAUGCAGUGGGACGACACGGACAACGCGGGGUUCACUAAUAGCACGAAUGAACCGUGGGUUGAGGUACACCCAGAUUAUGUCACGAGAAACGUGCGGACAGAAAGUUACGAUCCCAAAAGUUAUUUAAACUUUUUCAAAUCAAUAUCGAAAUUACGGCAGACCGAAACGUUUAAAAGAGGAGGGUUGGCGAUGGAUAUUUUUAACGAUACAGUGUUUGUUUUGAACAGAUUUUUACCGGGACAUGAGAAUUACACGUUAAUUAUCAACAUGGAUACAAAUUAUACACAAAAUGUACGUUUAUCAGACCAAAUAUCAAAUUUGAAUGAUUAUUUAGCUGUUGUUGUUGGAUCAGAAAACUCGAAUUUCAACCCUGGAAACUCGGUAUCAACUGCAAAGUGGUUGGCUCUAAGUCCAGGUGCCACAAUUGUACUCACUGAUAGUAUUUCUACAUAUGAAACAGCAACAGAAUCAAAACCUUCAACCAGUACUCAGUUAUACAUAACAUUAAAAGUUGUAUUACUUUGCUUAUGUUUCACGAACAUUUGUAGUAUUAGAGCACAUAUUUUGUAAUAAAACAAAUAAGUAGUUAAAAAGUAUUCAAAAUGUUACACGUACAUUGUAAAAUUUCAUAAUUUUAUUUUACAUUUAGGUAAAUUCAAAAUCAAUUAACUAUAUUAUUAAAUAUUUAGUUAGAUAAAUUAUUUUCUAUCAAACCCAUAGGUGAUAGUCCUAUUGGCUAACAAAAUAUUUUUAUACAUUACAAAUGAUUUUUCGACGUUGACGAAAGUUAUCUUUCGAAUAUACUAUAUACUAUCAUUAAUUGUUAGCUAUUGUUAGGCUAUUAUCAAAUAAGAAAAUAGAAGGUAAGAAUAUUAUUUAGGAAACAUCCCCCUUUCCUGUGACUUUUUUUGAUAAAUAUUUUAAUUUUGAAGCAAGUUAUUAAUAUUGUUGAAAAAUUAUCAAAGAAAAACAAAGUUUGUAUAGGUAUUGUUCUUGGACUUUUGGUAUAUUACCAAAUACCAUUGUAAAAAUCAUUUACCCUAUAAUUAUAGUUGCUAGAUUAUUAACAAGUGGCUACGUUGUUGUACGUAUGUGAAUAAAAUCUUAAGUAUGUAAUAAUAUGUUGGCAUAAGGUUUAGGUACGAGGACCUGUGUCAAAACAGUAAAUUAUUAGUAGCUAGAUAUAAUCUAUACAUAUAUAUAUUAAAUAUAAAAGACAAACAUUGUUUAACUUAUGUCCUUUAUGCAUUCCUAAACCGUUCAUCCGAUUGCGCUAAAAUUUGGUACAAAUAUAGAAUAGAUUUCGGCGAAGAUGGGCUACAUUUUGUUACGAAAAUAGGUAAAUAAGAGGUCCAACUCGGGGAGGUCCUCAGACAAGGGAUUUAAUGGGGGGCAUUGAGUUCGAACCGGUGUUUAGGUGGAUACAUUUUUUGCAUUGUUUUUUUUUUGGAAAUUUUUGUUUUUAAAUGGUUGCUAUGGGUGUUAAUAAUAAUAAUUAUUAUUAAUUGCAUUGUUUUCACAUUGUUUAUUUUUUAUUUUUUCUUAUUUAAUUUUUUUUAUCUAUACACGAAUGUUUGGUUUUUUUUAUUAAUCGGAUUUUAGCACAAUUAGGUUAGGUUAGGAUUUUCCGAUUUUUUAAUAAUUGAUUAUAGUUGAUUAUAAUAGCACACCACGUAGGGGCCGUUAUUUACCGCAGGUAGAUUGUCUACCUGAUAAUAUACUGCUCACAUAAUUACAAAAACCUAGUUAUAGUAACGCAUUGCCGUGUCCAGCUAGUAUAAUAUAUUCAUAGUUAAAUAGAUUCUAGUUACUAGUUACUAGAACAAAUUUAUUUUAAAUUCAAAUUAUCAAAUUAAUUAUUGUUCUUUACUUUUUUUACUAUGUAGUUUAGUACCUAUGUUUUAUCCCUAUGUAGAAUUCUGGACCAAAAGUCCGGGUAUAAAAAUUCCAUGGAAAAAAUGUCAGUUUAGAAAAAAGUUGGACAAAAUGUCUGGAUUCAUUUUUUGAUUAUCGGACAAAACGUCCGAGCACAUUUUUACUGUCUAACAAAAAUACUGAAAAUACAAAAUGGUUAUUAAAUUAUAAUUUAUAAUUAUAUUAUAUAGGUAUAAUAAUUAAUAUGUAUAUCGUGUACACAUUAAUAUGUGAUAUAUUAUGUAAUUAUAGUAUAUUUUGUAAGCUGUAGCCUAUAGGUAAGUAGGUAUAAUAAAAAUACCAAAAAAGUAACUGUAUUACAAAAUACAAAUGUGGACAAAAUGAGACUGUCUCAUUUUUUGUCUUACCCGGGUUUAAGAUAGAAUCUAAUGGAUGGAUAUAUCUUAUAGAUAGAUUCUAUCUUUAGCUGUGCGUCUUACCCAGGUUCUCCUAUAUAAUUGUAUUGAUAUUGAUAUAAUGAUAAUCUAACUAUAUAAAGCAUAGGUAUAUAAAUCACAAAUGUACAAUAGGUAAUUAUAUAAACAAUUAUAAAAUUGUAAAUGAAAAUUUAAUAACAAUUUCAUAUUUUUGGAAUUUUUUGUCCGACAGUCAAAAAAUAAAUCCGGACAUUUUGUCUAAUUUUUUUUUAUAAUGGACUUUUUGACCGAUUACCUACUACCUAUGUGAAUGUGAAUAUAAUAAUUUGUGACCCACAAUAAGUAAUUACUAAUUAGUAGUUCAGAAAUCAGAACACAUCAUAGCCAUAGGGUCCAGAUUUGUAUGCUUAAUUUUUUUUUUUAAUGUAUGAGGAAGAGGAACCUCUUAUUAACAUAGGCAUAACUAGACCUUAAAGUUAGGUGCGCUUCAGAAGUAAAUUAUUAAUAAAAUGUAUAGGGGCUUAAGAAAUUCUGAGUGGGCUGAAGCCCACCCAAGCCCCCCUAGUUACGCCUAUAUGCUUAUUAAAUGUUCAAGCUUUAGCUAUUCAAAUCGAAAUCGUUAUACAUAUUUAAUCAAUAAUAUUGUGAACUAACUUGCGAAUUUCCGUGAUUUAGAAGUAUUUUGUUAAAAUUUUAACUUCACCUAUAAAAAUGAUUAUGAGAAACAUUUUAUAAUAUAUCAAUAUUAUAUUGUGUAGUGACGUAGUGAGUAGUGACUAGACUAGUGAUGCGCUAUUAGGAAUAUUCCCCAAUGAAUGUUCCCGGGAAUAGGGAAUAUUCCCCAACCUCUCGGGAAAUUUCUUUAAAAAAAAAAAAUUUAUUAUUUUUAUGUUAUGUUCAGUAUUUCAAUUACAGUAUGUUUAUUUUUAUUUUUUCAACAUACAUAAAUGAAAUUUGGGUCGUUUAUUUUGUGAUCAUUGUACAGAUUUUAAUUAAAAAAUUGAAUUGUAAUUACUAUUAAUAACUUUUUUUUAAGGAAUGAAUAUCUAAACUGAUAAUGAGCUGUCAUUUGGAUUAUUUACAAAUUUACAACCAUAAGUUUAAUUCAAAACUGAAACCUAUGAUCAAUAUUUAAAAACUUAAUAUAUUGCCGA